ACUGCCUUCCCCUUUGAUCACCUGGGGUGGACCCUCUGCCCGCUGCAGCUGGGGGCAACAUCUUUUACUUGGGACUGGACAGCAGGCAGAACACUUGCAUGCCCAGGAGUUCCUGUGGCAGCAAGUUAUCUCCCAGCAGGGGCUCUGUCCUCCUCCCCUGCCCCUCCCCCAGUGGGAACACCAUGGCAAGAUGCCCCAUGCUGUCCUCUAGCCACAACCAAGACCACAGUGGACGGUGGACAGCAGUGUGGACCUCCCUGUGGAAGACGCCAAUCAUCCUGUGGCUGCUGCUCUCGGACACCUCCCUGCCUACCGUGAGGGGCCAGACCACAGUUCCUCUGGAAACAGUGAAGCUGUGGGCCGAUACCUUCGGCAGGAAUCUGUACAACACGGUGACCAGAUAUUCAGGCUCCCUCCUGCUGCAGAAGAAGUACAAGGAUGCAGAACCCAGUCUGAAGAUCAAAGAGGUGGAUGGCUUGGAGCUGGUGAAGAAGUUCUCGGAGGACAUGGAGACCAUGCUUCGGAGGAAAGUCGAGGCUGUUGAGAGCCUGGUGGAGGCCGCUGAGGAGGCUGACCUGAAUCAUGAGUUCAAUGCAUCUCUGGUGUUUAACUACUACAACUCGGUACUAAUCAAUGAGAAGGAUGACAAGGGCAACUACGUGGAGCUGGGAGCUGAGUUUCUUCUCGAGUCCGACGCGCACUUCAGCAACCUGAGGGUGAAUGUCUCCAUGAGCAGCGUUCAACUGCCCACCAACGUGUACAACAAAGACCCAGACAUUUUAAAUGGCGUGUAUAUGUCCGAAGCCCUGAACCCCGUGUUUGUGGAGAACUUUCAGAGAGACCCUACAUUGACAUGGCAGUAUUUCGGCAGCUCAACUGGGUUCUUCAGGAUCUAUCCAGGAAUAAAGUGGAUGCCUGAUGAAAACGGAGUCAUCGCCUUCGACUGCAGAAACCGUGGCUGGUACAUACAAGCUGCCACAUCUCCCAAAGACAUCGUAAUUCUGGUGGACAUUAGCGGCAGCAUGAAGGGGCUGAGGAUGGCUAUCGCCAAGCACACCAUUACCACCAUAUUGGACACCCUGGGAGAGAACGACUUCGUGAACAUCAUCGCGUACAAUGACUACGUCCACUACAUUGAGCCCUGCUUCAAAGGCAUCCUUGUCCAAGCAGAUCGAGACAACCGAGAGCAUUUCAAGCAGUUGGUGGAUGAGCUGAUGGUCAAAGGUGUGGGUGUCGUGAGUCAAGCUCUAAUUGAAGCUUUCGAGAUCCUGAAACAGUUCCAAGAGUCCAAACAAGGAAGUCUCUGCAACCAGGCCAUCAUGCUUAUCACCGAUGGGGCUGUGGAAGACUAUGAGCCCGUGUUUGAGACCUAUAACUGGCCAGACCGAAAGGUCCGAGUUUUCACUUACCUUAUUGGAAGAGAAGUGACUUUCGCUGACCGCAUGAAGUGGAUCGCCUGCAACAAUAAAGGCUACUACACACAGAUCUCCACACUGGCGGAUGCGCAGGAGAGCGUGAUGGAGUACCUGCAUGUGCUUAGCCGCCCCAUGGUCAUCAACCAUGACCACGACAUCAUCUGGACAGAGGCUUACAUGGACAGCCGGCUCUUCACAUCAGAGGCACAGAGCCUGAUGCUCCUCACCACAGUGGCCAUGCCUGUCUUCAGCAAAAAGAAUGAAACAAGAUCCCAUGGCAUUCUCCUGGGUGUAGUGGGCUCUGACGUGACCCUAAGAGAGCUCAUGAAGCUGGCACCCCGAUAUAAGCUUGGGGUGCAUGGCUAUGCCUUCUUGAACACUAACAAUGGCUACAUCCUCUCUCAUCCUGACCUCCGACCUUUGUACAGAGAAGGCAAGAAGCUGAGACCCAAACCCAACUACAACAGUGUGGACCUCUCAGAAGUGGAGUGGGAGGACCAAGCUGAAAUUCUGAGGACCGCCAUGAUCAAUGGGGAAACCGGGUCUCACUCCAUGGACGUGAAGGUGCCACUGGACAAAGGGAAGCGAGUUCUAUUCCUGACCAAUGACUACUUCUUCACAGACAUCAGUGACACACCUUUCAGCCUGGGAGUGGUGCUCACCAGAGGUCAUGGAGAAUACAUCCUCCUGGGGAACACAUCUGUGGAAGAAGGCCUGCACGACUUGCUUCAUCCGGAUCUGACCCUGGCCAGUGACUGGAUCUACUGUAUCACAGAUAUCGACCCGGACCACCGGAAACUCAGCCAACUGGAAGCUGUGGUUCGUUUCCUGACAGGGGUGGAUCCAGACCUGGAGUGUGACGAGGAACUGGUGCGGGAGGUGCUGUUUGAUGCGGUGGUAACCGCCCCCAUGGAAGCCUAUUGGACAGCACUGGCACUCAACAUCUCUGAAGAGUCAGAGCCUGGCGUGGAUGUGGCCUUCCUGGGAACCCGGGCUGGCCUUCUAAGAAGAAGCUUGUUCGUAGGCUCCGAGAAAGUCUCUGACAGGAAGUUCCUGACCCCUGAAGAUGAAGCCAGUAUUUUUACCAUGGACCACUUCCCGCUGUGGUAUCGCCAGGCCUCUGAGCAGCCCCCCGGCAGCUUUGUCUUCAAUCUCCGCUGGGCAGAGGGACCAGAUAGCCCAGGCAAGCCAGUGGCGGUAAGGGCCAGCACAGCAGUAACUGUGACCGUGGAUGGGAAGACGGCCAUUGCAGCAGCUGUGGGCAUCCAGAUGCAAGCAGACUACCUCCAGCGCCAGUUCUGGGCAGCCAUGCAGCAGUGCAACGCUGUAGAGGGGCCGUGCCUGAAGAGCUGCGAGGACACUGAUCUCGACUGCUUCGUCAUAGACAACAAUGGCUUCGUCCUGAUCUCAGAGAGACCCCAAGAGAUGGGAAGACUUCUGGGGGAAGCGGAUGGUGCUCUCAUGAAGCAACUUCUCAGCAUGGGGGUGUUCAGCCGUGUGACCAUGUAUGACUACCAGGCCAUGUGCAAGCCCCCAGAUCAUCACCACAGUGCGGCCGAAUCCCUGUUCAGUCCUCUCUCUGCCUUCUUGAUGGUGGCCAGGUGGCUACUGCAUGAAUGUCUCCUAUUCCUGUUAGAGUGGAGUGCCUGGGGAUCUUGGCAGGACAAAGGGUCAGAGGCCAAAUCUGUCUUCCAUCACUCCCACAAGCACAAGAAGCAGGACCUGCUGCACCCCUGUGACACAGAGUACCCAGUGUUCGUGCAUCAGACGGCCAUCCAGGAAGCCAAUGGCAUCAUCGAGUGUGGGGGCUGCCAGAAGACAUUCGUGAUGCAACAGAUUCCCCGAAGCAACCUGCUCCUGCUCGUGACAGACCGCACCUGUGACUGCAGCGCCCACUCUCCCAUCCUCCAGGAGGCCACAGAAGUCAAAUAUAAUGCCUCUGUCAAGUGUGACAGGAUGCGCUCCCAGAAGCCCCGGAGACGACCAGGCUCCUGCCAUGCCUUCCAUCCAGAGGAGAAUGCCCAGGACUGUGGCGGUGCUUCAGACACUCUGCCUUCAUCCCCUCUGCUCCUGCUAUCACUGGGGGCCUGGCUGCUUCCACCCCAGCUUCUGUGGUGACUCCAUCCCAUCUGACUUUCGCAGAAGGGGGACCUUACAGGACAUUCUACAAAGUUACCGGCUUAUGAAGGCCCCUCACUGCUGUGGGAUGUCUCCUGUUUCAGUCCUGGGGCUACAAGUCUCUGCUUCUUAGAGAUUGCUAGAGGGAUCUCCAAGGCUCUUCAAGUCUUCUACUCUUGUCUCAAGUGAAGGAAGGACAGAAGUUCAUUACUCCAGUUUACCAAAGGGUCACCCAUUUCCCUGGCUGAUCUGCUGAUCCGAGGAGUUCUGGAGGCUGGAAUUGAGCGGCGAGGCCCAUGUAGAGGCUGUGGCAAGAGUGUGCUUGCCACCAAAGGGAAGGUGCUUUUAUCCAUCAGAUAGUGCAGAGGACAGGCAGAGGGAGAGACAAAAGACUAGGGAAGGGACCAGAAGAGGAGGGAAGAAAUGGAAAGGAAGCUGGGCGUGGUGGUUCACACUUUCAAUCCCAGCACAAACGGAAACAAUAGGAACGCAAUGGAUAUUAAGUCCUGCGAGCUGUCAUUAGCUACCUCUGAAGAGUCUCAACCUUUUUACACUAAUGAUCUGGAGAGCGGGCAGGGGUGUAUGGGAGGAGGUGGAGGGGAAGGGAAGGGAUAAAUGCUGUAAUUAUAAUCUCAGAAAGGGAAAGAAAAGCUUUUAGGAUGAGCUCUGCAGCUGCUGCACUGGGCCAAGCACCAGUGUGGCACUGGACAGGCAUGAUCCUGAGGAGGUGGCGAGAAAAAGCAGAACCGAGACUCGCGCCUCACAGACUAAAGGAAGGAGCCAGGUGAGGUCUCCAAGAGCCAUAGUGGGCUUUCUGUGGCUCACAAUGUACAAAAGAAACCAGACUGUUGCUGGGGAAAGUCCUGGAGGCUGGAAACAACACAUAAUCAUUGCCACAAUGCCCAAGUGAACACACACACACGCCCGUGCGCACACAUUUGUGUACCUGUUUGUACAAAGAUGUGGAGGCCAAAGGUAAUAUUGGCCGUUUUCCUCAAUUACUCCUUUAAUUUUUUUUUUAGAUAAGAUCUCUCACAAAAUCUGAGUCCUCCAAUUCAUAGCUGGCCAGCAAGCCCCAGAAGCCCUUCUGUCACUGUCUCCCCAAGGCUGGGACUGCAAGCAUGCCCCGCUGUAGCCCUACUGUUGGAAUAGUUCAGGAACCUAACUUGGGCCCUCAUUCUCCACUAGCUGAACCUCUCAAGCCCCGCGUAUCUAUCUUUUAAAUCAGGAACCUAAACUGGCAGCCGUGGUGCACGCCUUGAAUCCCAGGACUGGGAGGCAGAGGGAGGAAGAUCUCUAAGUAUGAGGCUAGCCUGGUCUAUAAAAUGACAGACACCCAGGGCUACACAGAAACCUUAUCUUGAAGAUAAAAAAAUAAAUAGAAAAAGAAUAAAAGCUAAAACUUGGAGAAGGGAAACUGGUUCUAAGUCUCGGCUUUGUGUAGUAGGAGGCAAUGUACCUAGCACCAGCUAGCACUCAGUAAGCACUAACAGCACACUAGCUAGCAUCCUGCAUCGGGGAUUGGAACGUAGGGAAGGUCAGAGGUGCUGCCAGGUGAAGUACCAAACUGUUAUAGCAGUGUUUUCUCUGUCAGGCACGGCAGGUCUUUCCUGACCACCGUCACAUCACCUGCCUUGUCAUCAGUGUUAUGACCUCCUUUCAGCAGCGUCAGGUCUCAAUGGCAAGCAGGCAAGUCUCUUAAAGGACUUGUCUCCUUCACCCAACCAGGCAGAACAUUUGGGGACGUUGAUCAACUCUUUAGGCCACUGGAGAAAUGCUAAAUGUAGGGUGCCAGGCAGCUCCUGGUCAGGAGCCACGGGGCUCUCGUGCCUGGCACUGAGGAAUCGUUUAGAACACCACCAGAGCAGCUGAAGAGAAGGCAUUUCAUGAUGCUCUGUCCCUACCAUGGACACCAGGUAUCUCCCAAGGUGUGCCUGCCUCUCAAUUCUGAGACUAGUGCCGCCAAAGGACAUGUAGGAGGAUGGCCAAGACAUGACGUGGCAAGCUAAGCCCUCCUCAGUGAGUGAUCAUAACUCCACCAAGACACUGGAAGACUGCAGUCUGGAUUAGGUGAAAGAUCUGGCACCUUGACUUUAGAGGAAUGAAGUUGGCACCCCCGAGAUUAAAUGAAUGGAAUGCAGCAUUCUGGCAUCUUUCCUUAUCUGUGUUGCCUUCAACCACAAGAGCUGGAGCCCUGUCAGAAGCACCAGGAAUGUGCCGCUGAGCUUAUGUGCUAGAGUAGAACCACCUCAAAUAAAAGGCUUCAACAGCA